AUGAACGACACGGAGCAGCAGGGCGAGGCGCAGCGGGCCGUCUGCAAGCUGGAUCACAACAGGAAGCUCGACAUCUACUCGCAACCGUCGCGGCUGCGCGCGACGGGCAUCAUCUGCACCAUCGGCCCGAAGACCAAGGCCGUCGAGCAGCUCACGAUGUUGCGCCGCGCCGGCAUGAACAUCGUGCGGAUGAACUUUUCGCACGGCUCGUACGAGUACCACGGCGAGGUGAUCGACAAUGCGCGCGCAUCGGUCGCGGCGGAGCCGCUCGACGGUCGGCUGCUCGCCAUCGCGCUCGACACCAAGGGUCCCGAGAUCCGGACGGGGAUGACGGCGGGCGGCGACGGCGUGAUGCUCGAGAAGGGGGCGCGGCUCCUCGUCACGACGGACGCGAGCCAGAAGGACGUGUGCUCGGCGAGCCAGAUCUACAUGGACUACGCGAACCUGCCCAAGGUGAUGUCGGUCGGCGGCGUGAUCUUCGUCGACGACGGGCUCAUCGCGCUCAAGGUGGCGGCGAUCGACGCGGCGGCGGGCACGCUCGAGUGCGAGGUGGUCAACUCGGGGCUGCUCGGCUCCAAGAAGGGGUGCAACCUGCCGGAGGUGGAUGUGGACCUGCCGGCGCUGUCGGCCAAGGACCGGGACGACCUCGCCUUCGCCGUCUCCAAGGACGUGGACAUGGUGUUCGCCUCCUUCAUCCGCAAGGCGUCGGACGUGCACGAGGUGCGCGCGUGCCUCGUCGCCGCCGACCCGGUGGUCGGCAAGCGGAUCCGAAUCAUCUCCAAGAUAGAGAACCACGAGGGGAUGCGCAACUUUGACGAGAUUCUCGCCGCCACCGACGGCGUCAUGGUGGCGCGCGGCGACCUGGGCAUCGAGAUCCCGUCGGAGAAGGUGUUCCUCGCGCAAAAGAUGAUGAUCGCAAAGUGCAACGUCGCGGGCAAGCCCUGCAUCUGCGCGACACAGAUGCUUGAGUCGAUGACGAGCAACCCGCGCCCGACGCGCGCCGAGGCGUCCGACGUCGCCAACGCGGUGCUCGACGGCGCCGACUGCGUGAUGCUGUCGGGCGAGACGGCCAAGGGCGCGUACCCGCGCGAGGCGGUCGCCAUGAUGGACCUCGUGUGCAAGGAGGCGGAGGCGGCCAUCUACUACAAGGAGCUGGCGGCGGACCUCGACCUUCUGCGCGAGUACCCGCUGGCGACCUCGGAAGCGGUCGCCGACGCGGUUGUCGAGGCGGCGGACCUGAACGGCGCGAGCCUCAUUCUCACGCUCACGAGCUCUGGCAACUCGCCGCGCCUCAUCUCGCAGAGCCGGCCGCGCUGCCCGAUCAUGGUGCUCGCGAGCGACGUGCACCUCGCUGCAUCCCUCAACCUGCAUCGUGGCUGCAUCCCCUUCCACUACCCGCACCCGCGCGAGGAGAGCGACGAGGACUGCCGCUUUGCCUAUGGCCUCAAGCUGGCGCGCUCUGUGGGGCUCGUCCAGUCGGGAGACACAGUGCUCCUCGCCCACGGCGCGAAGUCGGGGACCAGCUCGCUCGCCUCGUUCCGCAUCAUCAUGGUGGCGUGA